AUUUAUGAGCCCCUUGUGACAAUUUUCAACGCGAUCACAGCGGCAUGUGGUAGUGCAAAGAUGUUCAACCUCGUUUGGCAGGACGUGCAUUCCAAGAAGGUCAAUCCAGAGGCAGCAGCUGAUGUCAAGCCUGAUAUCAUAGGUCUCUUACAGGCAUGCGAUUACGAUUCAUUUGACCUAUGGAGGUUGAUACAGACGGUUGUCGAGGUCAAGGAACCGAUAGCGGUGCUACCCGGCCUUCUUCGGGUUCUCAAAUAUAGUCGUCAAGUGCUUUACGAGCAGGUGGACCGACGAUUUAUUUUUGGUCUUGUCUACGCUAAGACUCACCUUACUGUAUGGCUCGUUGAUCGGUCGGGGGCGCUAGGCUCUCAAUCAUUCAAUGUUCAUGAGGAUCCGAAACAGCUCAUACGUGUUAUCGCAUGCAUGACCACAAAGAGUCCCUUCGAGCUUGGGUGGGACACACACUUCAGAAUGGUGACCAGCGAACCGAACGAGCGUCUUGAGUCGCGCCCUUCGUGGGAGGUGUCCGGUGGGAAUCGCUUGAAUCCUGAUAAUCCGUACGACCAGCACUGGUGGGUUUUGUCGGUCCUGAAACCGAAUGCGGAGUCCAACGGCGAACGCGAAAAUUUCGUGCUCUGGGGCGCUAUCAGCGUGGCGCGAGGAGAGGUGAUUUGCGGACGGGCUACGAGGGUGUGGCAAGCAUGGAAACAGGCCGAUCUCGAGCUUGAAGAAGCUAAACGAAAGAUCUAUGUCAUCAAGGACAACUGGCGAGAUGAUCAUCGAGAACCUGAAGGCGAACUCCACCACAAAAUAGGGUGUGAUGCUCCUGGGAUCGCUGUGGUAUAUUCGUAUGAAAUAGUCACGUUCGGUGGUAGAGCUGAUACAACCUUGGAAUUUGCGCAAAAAGGCUUGGCCCACUCCGGGGCGCCGCUCAAUGUCUGGACGAGACAGGAUUUCUACGAUCGCGAGUACCAUCCUAAUAUAUACCUUCAUAAGGACUGCAUACCCGGCGACUGGGAGGAUUAUUUUGAAGUUUCCCAAGGUCCGAAAUCUUCCAGCCCACGACGACGGACUCACUCGCGCAUGGUAAUUGAGAGUCAUGGUUCCCCGCUUUCCGAAUUCGUCGACUUACAGGAAUUAGUCAAGGGAUUACAUGACGCUAUUAAAGGGCAUCAAUAUGCAUUCAAGAAGGGUGUUCUUCAUCGGGACAUCAGCGAUGGCAACAUCUUAUUGACUGGUAAUAGUAAGCCAAACCGCGGUAUCAUUAUCGACUUUGACAAUGCCGUCG